ACUUCCAAACCCAAUAGUCAAGUGCAUUAGUCUGUGCUAACUGCUAAGCCUUUGCACAUGAGCAUAACAAUAUUAUCAAUGGUGCAUGAGACAAAAUCUUAACGGUAAAAUGGUUUAGUAGAGAUUUAUUAAUUCUGGGAUACUUAUCUCACUACUUAGCACUCUGUUUAUAAAGGAAAUUUUGGAAGGUACAACAAAUUUGAGAGCAGGAAAAAUAUAGGAACAAAUGUUGUUUUACGAGGAAAAGUAAUGAAAAAAAAUAGAAGAGAAAAAGUAAAUUGAGAAUUUUGAUAUAUAUAUGUUAUUUUAUUGAUGAAGUUAUUGUAAAAUAAUUUAGUUGUGUGUGGAUAAUUUUUUUCCCCGAUAAUUGUUGUUGUUUUCUAUUAAGCUCCAACCUGGUCACAAUUAUGAGCAAGUUCCUAAAAAAAAAAAACUUAAGAUACAAGAUAUCUAUGCUACAACAACUACUUAUAACCACUGUCUCACAAUUAUAGCAAACUAGACAACAAUCACUAAUCAAAACAGUGUAGUACCUAACAUCUACACUCCUUGAACUUGAACCUACAUAGCUAAUUACCAAAAUCUGAGCACCCAGAAACAUAGUAAUUAAUAUCCUAUUUUAGCUGUAGCACCCGUGCUGUUAAAUUCCUUGCUAGUUGCUUGCCUAUCAAAUACUCUUCCACACCUCUCUUUCCAGAUUGCUGCAAUGAUCCAACACCACAAGCUUCUUAUCACAACACUAUCUGCUCUCCCUUUUGUACCAACAGACAUAGUUGCUUCAGCAUAUCUUCCCACUGGUUUGGCCACCUGAUAGGAGUUAGAAUUGCAUCAAAUACCUCCUUAAUAUAAGGACAAUGACAAAAAUGGUGGGCUCUACUUUCAUCGUCUCCAUUGAACAACCCACAAUUAGCAUAUGUUAUAUAGUUCCAUGCCAGUAGUUUAUUCUUGAUAGUGACUUGGUCAAGGAUAAUGAGUCAGGAUAAGAGUCGAUUAUGAGGUAAACCAUACUUCCCCCAUAGAGAUAGAUACCAAAACAUAGUUCUAUGCUAGUAGUUUAUCCUUGGUAGUGAUUCUGUUACUUUUGAUAAUGUUUCUAUUAAUUAUGUUAGAGUAGAAUAAUUAAAAUAGUUUGUUAAUAUUACUUUUAUUAAUUACAUGUCAUGAAUUUUUUUUGUUUAUUAAAUUUAAAUAAAAAAUAUCUCACUAAAAUCAUCCAAAAUCAACUUCUUACGGAAGAUCAUCACACUCAACAUUGCAUAGCGUUUUUUUUACCGGAAUCUGUAUAAAAUUGCAUAGCGUUAGAGGAAGUGAAAAACAAAUAAAACUAACUUCCUACUAUGUAUCUAUUUAAAGGGGGCGAGUUGCGCAUGAAGCAGGGAUGUAGGAUUUUAAUGACUGCCUCCAAGAUUGCUCCUUAACCGAUUUGGGAUUCCGUGGAUACCCUUACACGUAGAACAACCGGAGAAGGGCGGGAGUUUACAUUGAAGAACGGUUAGAUAGAUAUGUCGCAAAUGAUAAGUGGCGAGAGAGGUGCCCUUGUUCUAGAGUUCGACAUUUGGAUUGGGCAAAGUAUGAUCAUCCCCCAAUCCUUUUUCAAACCGCAGGUGAAGAAGACGAAGAAAUCAGAUGGGGCUGGUCCUAUAAGUUUGAUCCGUUUUGGAGAAAACAUGUGGAGUGCGCACAGGUUGUAUCAAAUGCCUGGAACGAGAAUACUACUGAAGGGGCGAUAGGUAGGCUGGAGUAGUGUAGUAAGAGGUUAACAGAAUGGAGCCGUAACACCUUUCCCAGUUUCCCGAAACAUAGAGAGAAGGUGAUGAGAGCACUCAGGGCUAUUGAAAGGAUGGAGAAGACAACUGCGGUUCUUGAGCAACGACACCAGCUUGAGGCAGAACUAGAAAAAUCAAUUUGGACGAAGAGGAUUAUUGGAAACAAAGAUCCAGAGCGGAUUGACUGCGAGAUGGUUAUCAAAAUACAAACUUUUUCCAUCGGAAGGCCACAACGAGAAGAACUAGGAAUUUUAUAAAAAAGCUAUGAGGAGAAUUUUCACGGGACAAGAGGAGGUGACGGGUUGUUUAACUACUACUAUGUUAAUUUGUUUAGGCAGGAGAGAGACCCAACGAAACCCCGAUGCUAGACUCUAUAUCAUGCUUAGUUACAGAAUUUGAUAACCAGAUGUUGUUGCGUCCGUUUGCUAGAGAGGAGGUGGAGCUGGCGCUGCGACAAAUGGAAAAAAGAAAAGCCCCAGGCGGUGAUGGAGCUUCGGUGUUCUUCUUCUGAAAGUACUGGCCAAAAAUUGGGGAGGAGGUAGUGAAGUUGGUGUUGAGUAUACUUGAACGUGGGAAGAUGCCGACACAGUUAAAUUACACCCUGAUCGUGUUGAUACCCAUGGUGAAAAAAGUGACCAUGGCAAAGGAAUAUCACCCGAUCACCUGAGCAACGUGCUAUAUAAACUGGUGGUCAAAGUACUUGCUAACAGGCUCAAGGGCAUCCUCGAUAAAUUCAUCUCACCAGCACAAAGUGCGUUUAUCCCAGGUCGGUUCAUAACGGAGAACGUGAUGGCAACUUUAGAGUGUUUCCACUCGAUGAGUAAGAGAUCAACGAGGGUGAAAGGAUACAUGGCAGCAAAAAUCGACAUGGCCAAGGCAUACGACCGUGUUGAAUGACACUUCCUGGCUAAUGUGAUGCGAUAGAUGGGUUUCCACGAGGAUUGGGUCGGUCGGAUGAUGAUGUGUGUACAAAUUGUGUCCUAUUCCGUAUUGGUGAAUGGGCACAGAUCUUUCUUUCCAGGAAAAGGUAUUAUACAAGGGGACCCACUUUCACUGUACCUGUUCCUCUGUGCACAGAGGGGUUGUUAGCGUAUACUACGAAAGCAGUACGUGAUGGGUUGCUCCAUGGAUUUCGUGUGGCACGGAGAGCACCAGAGAUAUGUCAUUUGUUCUUUGCGGAUGAUAACAUAUUUUUUAUCUGAGCCACGAGAGAAGAAGGAUGGAACUGAAGAAACUGCCAUAUUGAUGAUAAAUAAAAAAAUAUCAUUUUGGGAAUUUACCCGAAAAAGGUUUGGCUCAUAAAUUGUCACUACCUUCAAAAAAUAAAAUUUUAAAACAGAGAUUAGGAUCCAUGGGCCUUGGCGAACUGUCUAGGUACAUAGGCCAAGCCCAUAAGGAAAAAAACAAAACAGAGGAAAACUAGGGAAAAAAGAGAGACAAAGGGGCAACACGGCCCAUUCCAAAAUGUGGGAGAGAGGUGGUCGGUAUCCAUUAAUUUCGGCGGUCGUCGUCGUGUCUCCCUUCCAAUCCCUACUUCAUUUCUUCUUUCAAUUCUGCAAAACCUCUGCAACCGGUACAUAAUCUUCCUGUAAUUUUGAUCUAUCUACUACAGUUGAUCUAAGUCCAAUUCUUUCAAAUUGGUAUCUUUACCUAUGUUUUCGUAGUAUAAUUAUAAUGGGAAUGGUGGAAGGAAGCUUUGAUAAUCUAUUGGUGCUAGAGAUAACUAACUACCAAAUCUGGGUUUUGCAGUAUAACAAUGGGAAGACCAGACUCCUAUUAUUUCCUCGAAGUCACGAAAUUCUACGCCCAUUUCAGUCCUUCCCCACCAAACCCGAACUCGUCAUUGUCGAUUUCUAUCUCCUUCCCUUCUCCCCUCAAGUUCCAAAAUUUAGCAAUAAGUGGGCGAUAACCAAAAAAACAACUCUCUCUCUCUGAAUUAUGAUCUUCCGCUGUAGCGGCCGCCUUCAACGUAAACUCCUGUAAGUCUCUCUCUAUCUGGUCUGCGAUGUGUAUUAGUCUACUUGCUAGUCCUAGAGUGUCUGAAAUUUGCAAAGUUUUGAGCUUCAGUCGUCACCAAAUCUGUUCUUUCUUCCACUAUAGGUGCUCCUCUAUGAAGAUAGUGGAAGUGGAACCAUGCCUCCUCAAAUAGUAUUGAUUGCGAUCCGCUGGGAGAAAACAAGAGACAAAAAACAAACACAGUUGAAUAUGCCACUCCACCACUGGGAUUGUGCUGCUUCUGCUUCCGACUCUGCAUAUUCUAGUUCCCAACCCCUGCCAUGGGGAGAGUAUAAGGUGUUUCUGAAUUUCAGAGGCCCGGACACUCGUUAUCAGAUUACCGAUAUCCUCUACCAUUUUCUUGUUAAUUUGAGAAUCCAAACUUUCAAGGACGAGGAUGAUCUUUAGAAAGGGGAAGGGAUAUGGCCCAGUCUCGUCAUCGCCAUCGAGCAAUCCAAGAUCUAUAUUCCCAUUUUCUCCGAGAAUUAUGCUUAUAGUAAAUGGUUCCUCAAAGAGCUGGCUGCAAUUGCUCAGCGCCCAUAGAGGAAUCAGGGUUGCAUCAGGGUUGCAUCAUUCUCCCUAUUUUCUAUAUGGUGGAUCCCAAAGACGUCUGACAUCAAAGUGGGCCUUAUUGGAAUGCAUUUGAAGAUCACAAGAAGAUUUUUGACGAAAAUACUGUACAAGUUUGGAGAGAUGCUUUGAAAAAGGUUGGAGCUAUGAAGGGAUGGCAUGUUACAAGCAAUGACAAGUAAGUAACCUCACCUUCACCCUUGCCCUUUAUUUCAUCAUUUACCAAAUUAUUCAUUAUCGAAUUUGUUAUGAAAUUCACGUCUUCUCUCCCGGCUGAUAUAAUUGAACAUCCUAUUUUCCAGACAGGGUGAGAUAGCCGAUCUUGUUACUGGCGAUGUGUGGUCACAUCUAAGUAAGAUCAGUAAUGCGUUAGAGAAUGAUAAGCUUAUCAAAUUGAUGGUCACAUUGAAGCAGUAGAAGAAAGGAUGACCCUGGACUCCGGAGGUGUGUCAAUUAUUGGUAUUCAUGGUAUUGGCGGUAUAGGUAAGACCACUAUUGCCAAGGCUGUCUAUAACAAAUUAUAUGCUCAAUUUGAUCGUUGUUGCUUUGUGGAAAACGUACGAGAAAUGCUACUUCAUAAGGAUGAUGUUAUCAGUUUGCAAAAAGAAGUUAAUCUUGGACAUUUUGAGGAGGUGGAAUUCUGUUGAAUCCAUUGCCAGUUCUAGUAAAGUUAUACAAAUUAUAAGAUUUAGGAUUUCGCGUUUCAAAUGUCUUGUUGUUCUGGAUGAUGUGGAUGAGAUGUUUGAAUUUGAAGAGAUGUUGGGAAAUAUCAGAAAUUUCGUUUUGAGAAGUAGAUUUGUCAUGACUUCCAGAAACGUAAAAGUCUUGAGUAUUUCGGCUGAAGAAUGCAAGUUGUAUAGAGUACUAGAAAUGAGUCAUGGCUACUCACUCCAACUCUUCUGCAAGCAUGCUUUCAAAAUGGAUUCUCCCCCACCAAGUUAUGAGACUUUGUCAAAGGAUAUUGUUGAUGUUGCAGCAGGACUUCCAUUGACACUUAAAGUCGUAGGAUCACUUUUAUUUCAAGAGGACGAAGCAAUUUGGAUAGAAAAACUGAGGUAGUUAAAAGAGAUUUCCGAGGAGAAGGUUGUGGAAAGGUUGAAGAUAAGCUACGGUGCAAAGCAGAUUUUCUUGGAUAUCGCUUGUUUCUUCAUUGGAGAGGAAAAAGAGCCGCCUUAUAUGUGGAGUGAUUGUGUUUUUUUUUUCGACGACUAAUAUCAAUAUUCUUAAGCAGACGUCUAUGAUUGAGAUUGUGUUUGAUACUGAAAAGAAAAAAGUGUUCCGAAU